AUGGCCGAGCAAGCUUCCACAACCAACAGCUUGGACCAGAGGUAUUGGCUGCGUCACACCGUGCCGCCUCUGCUCGCUCUGCUACGAGCAGCAGGGACAUACACGGCCGCUGACCAAGGCGAACACGUUCGACUUCUAUGCGACCACGUCGUCCCUAAUCUUGGACGUCGCCCGACCGAGUCGCGCCCAAAUAACUCCAGUUUGACUCACAGCGGCUUCCCCGUGGAGCUCAGUCUCAACCUCAACGCCGGGAAGCCGAAGGUAAGAUUCAGCUGCGAAUUCUUGGGCCCCAAGUUCCCCCGAGACGACGACGAUACGUAUGCCGUAGGCGCGCUUCGGCAAUGUCUCACAUCACUUUCCGAGGAAUUGGGAUUCAGUACAAAAUGGGCCGAAGCUUUUCUGGAUGUACUGGCUCCGACGCCUGAAGAAGCAACAGUGGCCCAGGAAAAGCUUCAGCAAUGGCAGACGAGUCUCCUGCCGCCUGGAGCAGUACCAAAGCCUGCAUCCAGGUUGCCCUUUUCUGGGUUGGCUUUUGAUCUAGUGGGCUCGCAAGCCCGCGGAAAGCUUUAUCUUAGCCCGCAGGUCAAGGGGCUCGGAUCCGCCAAGUCCAUGACUGAGACGCUUUGGGGUGUUCUGCGUCGUUUGGAGCCUCCGAUGAGCGACAAAGCCAUCACCGCCAUUUCUGAAUUCCUUCUCGAGCGUCCGGGUCCGCCCUGCGUGGACAUGCUGUGCAUAGAUCUCGCCAGCGACCAGGAUUCACACGACGCCAGAGUCAAGCUCUACGUCAACACAACCAGCAAUUCAUUCAACACUGUCAGGCAAUGCAUGACCCUAAGCGGCCGGCGGCAGGAUGAGAUGACGCUCAAGGGCUUGGAGGUCUUACGGUCCAUUUGGCACCUGCUGCUCCAGGAGGAGCAAGAGGUUGCAGAUGAUUACGAGAAGCCGGUAAACGACGCCUCGAAGCUAGUCAUGAAGCUCUUCUUUUGUCUCGAGAUUACUCCAGGCAAAGACCUGCCAGACGUCAAGUUGCACGUUCCUAUAUUCAAUUACCUGAAGAGCGACAGGGAGGCCCUUUGCAACAUCGAGGACAUCUUUCGAAAGUGCAACCAGGAAUGGGCAGCCAAUGGAAAAUAUAGGGAGACCUUUGAAAGUGCCUUUGGCGAUCCCAACACGGUUCGCGACGUUCCAGUCCACGGCUAUACGGCGUUCGCGUACAACGAGUCGGGGGCAUACCAGACGGUGUAUUUCGGGGUACCGCAAGAAUUGUAG